AAAAAAUCUUCAGUACAUUCAUUCCCCACUUCAAUCAACGAACAUUGUUUUAACUAAUUAAAUUAAACAAUUUGAAAAUGUUUAAAUUCACCGCAAUUGUUGUUUUGGCUUUGGCUAUUUGUGUAGUAGCGGAUCCUAUUCGCCAAAAGCCCUUGAGAAGACGAGUAUCAGCUCGCCAACAAGCACUUCCUACACCAGCACCAACUGGAUAUCCCGCAGCAGGUGUUACCCCUGAAAUUCCUUUCGAAUUGCCUACUGAAACUGAAAAACCUGAAAUUGUAACACAACAACCUGACGAAGUUUAUGGUCCACCAGAAGUUGAUGCCCAACAACCUGAUGAAGUUUAUGGCCCACCAGAAACUGAAACUCAACAACCCGACGAAGUUUACGGUCCACCAGAAGCUGAAGUACAACAACCUGAUGAGGUUUACGGUCCACCAGAAACUGAAACUCAACAACCCGAUGAAGUUUACGGUCCACCUGAAACUGACGCCACUCCCGAAAUUGUUGAAGUAGUUCCAGUAGAAGCUGAAGAGGAAACAGAAGCCGAAGAAGUUGCCGAAGAUUUAGAUGAAGUAGAUGAAGAAAUUGUUGUUGAUGAAAAUGGUGCUGUAAUUUCAGUUUCCAAUACAUUUGAAAAACCUGCUCGCUUGGUCUAUCAGCGUUUCCCACAAAGACGCCAACCCCCAACAGCGGUACCUGCUCGUUUGACAAAAGCCAAAGUUGUCAAGCCAGUAAAUUUCGUUUAUACAGCUAGAUUCCAAACCUUCCUAAAGAACUAAAUAAGUAUUUGUUAGUGUAAUUUUAAAUCAAAUUGUUUGUUUUUAUUAGUUUUACUUUUUAAUAAAUUUUUAACGA